AUGGAACAGGAAACAGUCAGCGGGAGUGCGGAGCUGCGUGCAGAGGCGGCCUCCUACCGCUGCUCCGCGUGCCAUGGCGAUGAGGACUGGGGCCUGGGCCACCCCAUCCGGGGCCGCGCCAAGUCCCGCAGCCUGUCGGCCGCGCCCGCCCUGGCCAGCACCCGCGAUUUCAGGAGGACCCGCUCGCUACACGGGCCGUGCCCAGUGACCACUUUUGGACCAAAGGCCUGCGUGCUGCAGAACCCCCAGACCAUCAUGCACAUCCAGGACCCUGCCAGCCAGCGGCUGACAUGGAACAAGUCCCCAAAGAGCGUCCUCGUCAUCAAGAAGAUCCGGGACGCCAGCCUGCUCCAGCCCUUCAAGGAGCUCUGCGUGUACCUGAUGGAGGAGAGCAACAUGGUCGUGUACGUGGAGAAGAAGGUUCUGGAGGACCCCGCCGUCGUGAGCGACGACCGCCUCGGGCCGGUGAAGGGGAAGUUCUGCACCUUCAGAGAAGAUUACGAUGACAUCUCCAACCAGAUUGAUCUCAUCAUUUGCCUGGGGGGAGACGGGACCCUGCUGUACGCCUCGUCACUCUUCCAGGGCAGCGUGCCUCCGGUCAUGGCGUUCCACCUGGGCUCCCUGGGCUUCCUGACCCCCUUCAACUUCGAGAACUUUCAGUCCCAGGUUACUCAGGUGAUACAGGGGAACGCAGCUGUUGUCCUCCGGAGCCGGCUGAGGGUCCGGGUGGCGAAGGAGCUCCGAGGGAAGAAGGCGGCCGCCCCCAGCGGGGUCAGCGAGAACGGGGUGCCGGCCGCAGCCCCGGACACAGAGGUCGGCAAGCAGCUCAUGCAGUACCAGGUCUUAAACGAGGUGGUGAUAGACAGAGGCCCAUCCUCAUACCUGUCCAACGUGGACGUCUACCUGGAUGGGCACCUCAUCACCACGGUGCAGGGCGACGGCGUGAUCGUCUCCACCCCAACGGGCAGCACGGCGUACGCAGCCGCCGCCGGAGCCUCCAUGAUCCACCCCAACGUGCCGGCCAUCAUGAUCACGCCCAUCUGCCCCCACUCGCUGUCCUUCCGGCCCAUCGUGGUUCCUGCAGGGGUCGAGCUGAAGAUCAUGCUGUCACCGGAAGCAAGGAACACCGUGUGGGUGUCCUUCGAUGGACGAAAGAGACAGGAGGUCCGCCACGGAGACAGCAUCAGCAUCACUACCUCUCGCUACCCGCUUCCCUCCAUCUGUGUCCGCGACCCCGUGAGCGACUGGUUUGAGAGCCUGGCACAGUGUCUGCACUGGAACGUGCGGAAGAAACAAGCCCACUUCGCGGAGGACGAGGAGGAUGCACACGAGGAGGAUGGGGCGGGGCGGGCGGGGAGCCAGGCCUGCGGUCCUGCCAUCUGCACUCGGGACGGGCGGACCUGAGCGCAUCGUGAGCGCCACGGGCCCGGCGCCAGUGGCAGGUGCCGCACCACGUGUCUGGCCAGAGGAAGGGCCUGCAAUCUGCCUUUUGUCGACCAGAUCAGCUGUUUUUAACAUUUUAAAUCUGACUUUUCUGCAUUUCUAAACAAGUGAUCAGACCAGGAGCUCUGAGGUCAGCCCAGGCGCACCCACCCUGCGUGUGGUCAGAGCCCGGCCCCAGGCAGGGACGGCCGAGCCAGGUGGGCUCCUUGUAGUUCCUUGUCAGGAAACUUCUAUAAAUCAGUCUGCUGAGAUUCAGAGGGGAUCAGAAUGAAUGGGUCUAUCCUACGGUCUUGAAAAUAAAUGUCUCACGGCCAAAAA